AUGCUUUUCCGCCAAGCCGCUGAGGUUUUCAAGCGCGAAGAGAACCAGCUGAGAAUUCGCGCUUGUAUAUACCACAAAUUUCUCGAAAUUCACGACCUCAAUAACGGGUUCUUCGGGAGGCGUCUUGGCGACUUCUAUUCACCCACAUGUGCGUAUGGACCAUCACGAUCGGAUUCAGGAAAGCUCCAACGUCUCACAAGGUCAAUGCGUAACACUUCCGACUAUGCUGAUGUGCUGAAAUGGUUCCGGAAGUGCCGACUGGAACACACCGAGUCUUGUGGACGAGCGGUUGGGAACGAAUUUCCCCUCAGAGUGAUAGACUGCAGCACCCGAAGAUUGUGCAUAAUCUCACCCAAGAGCCAUUACAUAGCCUUGAGCUAUGUAUGGGGCUCCAGCACUUCCCAUUCACAGCUUCCCGGCGGCGGCUUGCCGGAACAGCUGCCAAGGAGAGUGGCAGACGCAAUGAAGGUCGCUCUCAUAUUUGACAUACCGUAUCUCUGGGUAGACCGCUAUUGUAUUGACCAGCACAACGCAGAGGAAAAACACAAUCUCAUAAGGAACAUGGACAAGAUCUAUCGAAAUGCCGAUCUCACAAUUAUGGCCAUAGCUGGCAAAGACUCCGAUCACGGUCUCCCUGGAGUCGGCAACACUCCUCGAAAAGCAGCAGCUAUUAGCACAGAGAGCCUGUCAUUUGUAAACAGCGUCAAUCCAGCGGAAGAAAUCCGAGAUUCCACUUGGAUACGCAGGGGAUGGACGUUCCAAGAGCUACUUCUCUCAUCCCGCCGACUCUUUUUCACAGACAGUCAGAUGCUGGGCUACUGC